AUGCAUCAAAAAGUGGAAUUUAUUGGUCAUAAAUAUCAUAAUGCCUUAGCACAAUUAGCAGAAGUGCCUGGUAUUGCAAUUAGUGGUGGAGGUUUCACAUUAGAUUGGUAUCAAUUUUAUUUUACAUUACCAUUUAGAUUAGUAUCAUUAAUAACAGGACAAUUAUUAUAUAAUUUAUAUGUUUAUUAUUUAUGUUUACUAAUCGAACAAUCAUUAUCGGUACAAAUAUCAGCUAAACAAAUCGAUACAUUUGUAGGUCUUGAUUAUAUUAUUUUUGUUCAAAGAUCAGUUUUAAUUCAAGAUAUGAAAUAA